UAUUGAUAAAUAUUUCCGUGUGAGAGAGAGGGUGGUGCUGGUUGAGCAGUGAUGCCGAAGACGCAAGGUUUUCACAUUCUCGAUGCGCAGAAUGCUUCAAUAAGCGAAGAUAAAUCAAAGAACGCAGCAGGGCUGCACCCUCACAAUGUUGUUAGGAGGAAGCUUGCAGACAUCAGUAACCAGCCACAAAAUCGAAGGCUGUUGUUAAUUCAAGAGAAAUCUCAAUCUAUUGAGACGACUACUAAAGAGUACAUUAACCAGCUCCAGAAGGAAAAUAUGGCUCUGGUGAAGAUGUUGGCGCAGAAGAACGAAAUCAUUCAACACAGUGGAAUUGAGCUUGACAGAUUGAGAGUGAAUCUGCUCCAAAUGCACGAACAGAACCAACAGCUGGCAAUAGCAAAUGCUCAAAUUCUUGUGGAACUAAAUUCAGGUAAAGAUCGGUUGAAAAUGUUACAGCAUGAACUUCAGUGCAAAACUGGUCUUCUCAAAGCAAGAAAAAUGAAUCUUGAGGGAAGGGAAACGACAACAGCAUUUGGAGAUGCUGGUGCUGAGUUGAUCAAGUCUCAAAAGGAUAUGAAGUCCUCAAAGGAAGAUAUAGAUGAUGAGAAGCCUCAUGAAACCAAAAAGAAUGUACAACCAAAUGGUGUAUGUCCCUCUAAACAAGCUGAGUGUGAGGACAAGACUGAAAAUAAGAGGCCCUUUAAGCCAAGGCAAUCUGCUAGGUUCAAUGCUGCAGAAGUAAAACGUGGUGAGGAUUUCUUUGAGACAAAGGAGACCAUAGUUUCUGUAUCUCAGUCGCCUGAUAACUCUGUCCGAGAACAAGGCUCAACUUCUGAGACUGCAUUAGUGAAAAACGAAGGCAGCAGAGAUGGUUCAGGGUCUAGGCUUCAGUCUCAGCAGCUUGGAAGAUCUUCUCUCUCGAGGCCAUCACGGGCAGCAAAGCAGAAGGUUCAGUCCUACAUGGAGUUACCGCUAAGCGUCAAACUGCGCAGGCCUGAGUGAUAUAUAGCAACAUUGCACAUUGAUACUUACCUUCAAAUAUAAGAUAUAUAGCAAGUUGAUAUUGACUACGAAAGUGUGCAUUUCAUCUUGUAUACAUAAUUAAGUUCACUGCUUACACCAUGUUUCUGUAUAAUGCCAACAUAUAGCCUAAUUCUUUCACUUGUGAUAGCUGGGCACAAAAUUCAUAUUCAUCUUCUCUUGAUUGUGCCCGGUUA